AUGCCGAUCAGCACGUUGAUGCUGUUGAAGACGGUCUGUGCGACAGUCGAUCUUGGGGCCAGCAUGGUGACGACUUUCCCGUCCUGGUCCUCAACCUGCCGGAACGCGAACGAGUCGUCCGCGGUGAACAUGGAGGCCGCGUAUGAGUGCAGAGAUCCAGCACGCGAUAGGUCUGCAAACGAGUGGUCCGCAAAAGAGGCAUCGUCCACGGCCGCCUCGUCAAACACUGAGGUGUCCAGAAUCGGUCUGCUCUGCAGCACGUGCGAGAUCUUGCGGCCCAUGGGCGACGGAGCGAAAGUGUCAGGGUCGACGAGUGCCUCGUCAUCCUGGAAGUAUGACCGUGACGCCUUGUACCGGGGCUCGAGCGACCGGAACGACUGCGCACGGUGGUACGAUGACGCAAAGCCAGUCAAAGAGUUGGACGCCUUGUACGACCCGUACGGCGAGUGGAAUACCAUCGACUUGCUGGGCUUGGUGGACCGGUUAGGGAUCGGAAUGGCCCCGUACGAGCCAACUUUAGACGACGACGACUGGUUUGGCACAGACAUGUCUUUAUUUAUUUAUCGUGAAUUUCUGUUGACUGUAUAA